GUGGGUCAUCCUUUCUCCGUUCCUGCGACAGAUCUGAUGAGCUUUGGGGGGAAAAGAACUGAACCCGGGCGAACCUUCUUCGCUAGAAAAGUUGAAGAUUCCCGGGGAAGUUGGCAUCUAGACCAGAGACACAGAAACUCAGGGAAGUAUACCUCCAUCACAGUGAAAUAUUGCAGCUUCAUCUGUGUUUCUAAAUCCCAUAUUCAGAAUGUUCAAGGAAAGCAUGACGUUGGCCAAGGCUACCAAGGAACUGAAGCAGGAAGACACCUGCCACCUGUGCCAGAAGCUGAUGACGGAGCCCGUGAGCAUCACCUUAGGGCACAUUUAUUGUCAGGGGUACAUAUUGAUGUUCACUGAGGAACAAGCAAAGGUGAAAUCAUCCCGGGGGUCACUCGGCUGUCCCCUGUGUUCCUUACCAUUUCAAGUGGAGAGUAUCCGCCCUGUAAAACAGCUCAGCAGUCUCAUUGAGAUCAUCAAGGGCAUGCAAUGUGAAAAUUUGAAUGAGGAACACAGAGAGCAACUCCACCUGUUCUGUAAAGACGAAGAACAGCUCAUCUGCUGGCACUGUGAGCGGACACAGCACAAAGGACACAGCACCUGUAGCUUUUGUGGAAGACGUCUGCCAAGGCUACACAGGUAUUUUGGACAGUGGGAGAAUUUUGAUUCGAACAUAUAGGAAACUCCAUCAGUGUAAGUAAGCAUUAAAACUGUCUAUGUCCUUUCCACAGAAGUUCCACUUCAUCCUGAAUUUGGUAGCUCACAGAAGGAGAGGUAAAGCACAAAGGAAAGGUUAAAGAUAAACAUGGAGGAUUAGGGGUGUUCGUAAGAGCACUGUAAGCCUCUCUGGGGUGAGGAAAAGAGAUAAUGAACUGAUGAAGCCUAAAACACUUUGUGUUAAUAUCCAGCAAUCUAUGAUAGAAUAUCUGGGCUCUUUCUGUAUCUUGACUGUUGUACCACACAUUGCAGUGAACAUAGGUGUACAAAUAUCUGUCCUCCAUAGAGACAGAAAAGAUGAUGAUCCCACCAGUAGUAAAUGAGGGUUUCUGUUUUGCCACUUACCCACCAACACUGGUUGUUUCUAGUGAUCUAUCUUUCUUUUCUUUCUUUCUUUCUUUCUUUCUUUCUUUCUUUCUUUCUUUCUUUCUUUUCUCUUUUUUUUGAAUCACUUGAGAUACACAGUUACAAAGCUGUUCAUGAUUUGGUUUCAGUCAUACAAAGUUCUAACACCUGUCCCUUCACCAGUAUGUAUUUCCCACCAUAUGUUUCUUUUUCUUGCUUAAUUGCUGUGGCUAGGACUUCUAGAAUUAUAUUGAAUAAUAGUAGAGAAAGUGACAUCUUUGCCUUGGGCCUGAGCUCAGAGGGAAGGUUUUUAGUUUCUCACAGUUGACUAUGAUGUUGGAGGUGGACUUUUUAUAACUGGCAGUUACCAUGUUGAGGUAUAUUCAUUCUCUCUAUCCCGUUUUUGUUGAGGUUAAUUUUUUUUUCAUGAGUGGAUGUCGAACCUUGUCAGAAUCUUUGUAUGCAUCUGUUAAUGUGAUCAUAUGAUGACACAUCAACUGCCAGACACCAGCAAUCAUGACCCCUUGGUGAGACUCAAUGCCACCUAGACCUUGUUGCUAAGGUAGUAGGUUUUAGCCAUUCACGAAUCCCAUUGUGUCACGUAUUACUAUAUUAUUGGUAUAAUAUUAACACUUAUAUUAAUGCCUAUAUUAAUGCUCAUAUAUUAAUGCUUUUCUUCCAGGAAUGACUUGGCAGCAGGGAACUUGGAACUUUCUUCCAGUUCAAAUGACACAUGAGAAAAUAAUAUUACAGCAACUGAACUAGCUUUCUUUUGUGUGUGUGGGGGGAAGGGGUAUAUAAUAAAAUACA